GUAUAUAUGAUCUUGGUAGACAUACUUGGCAUCAUGAGUGAAUUGUCUUUUCACUUGAGUCUAUACAAAUGAAAGUAAAAUUUGCAGGGAAAAGGAAUUGGACAAGGAAAUGAAGGACCUCUGGACUGUGUUUUGUGGGGCACCUGGUUGUUCGGACAACAAUGGAAAGCUUUGCCAUACUGAUUUUGGGUCAAUGACAGAUCCUUCAUCCUGUAUCAAUCAUGUGUUGAUAAUUUGUUUUGAUGUUAUACUUUUGUUUGUCUUCUUAUUCAAUCUGUUUUCCAAGGCAUCCUUAAGAUCUACCAAUAUUCCUGCUCGCUUUCAUGGGUUUUCACGUUUGCAGUUGAUUUCAGCUAUUUUUAAUGGCUUCCUAGGAUUGUUAUAUUUGGCAUUUGGCAUUUGGAUUUUAGAAGAUAAGGUGAUGAAAAACCACAGUUCAUUACCUCUACACUGGUGGUUAUUAAUCAUGUUUCACGGAACGACAUGGUUAUUAGUAAGUUGUACCACAAGUCUUCGAGGAAAAUAUUUCUCAAAAACCCCUCUGAGGCUUUUGUCAAUUCUUGCUUUUAUCUUUGCUGGGGUUUCUUGCGGUUUCUCUCUCUUUGCUGCCGUUUUUGUCAAAAGGGCAUCAUUGAAGAUAGCUUUAGAUAUAUUGUCUUCCUUAGGAGCAUGUUUAUUGUUGUUAUGCACCUAUAAAGAGCUAAAGCAGGAAGAUGUCAUUGGAAAUGACCUUUAUGCUCCCUUAAAUAGAAUCAGUAAAAGUAAUUCUGUUAGCUCCAUCACUCAAUUUGCUAAGGCUGGAAUCUUGAGUAAAAUGUCAUUUUGGUGGUUGAAUUCGCUGAUGAAGAAGGGGAAGAAGAAAACUCUUGAGGAUGAGGACAUACCUAGAUUGCGUGAGGCAGAUCGUGCAGAAUCAUGUUACUUAAUAUUUGAGGAGCUAUUGAACAAACAGAAACAAGUUGAUCCCACUUCCCAGCCAUCAGUUUUGAAGACAAUUUUCAUAUGUCACCGGAAAGAGAUUAUUGUUUCAGGAUUCUUUGCACUGUUGAAAGUAGUCACUGUGUCAGCAGGUCCUUUGCUUCUUAAUGCCUUUAUUAAGGUUGCUGAAGGAAAUGCAAGUUUCAGAAAUGAGGGACUUUUCUUGGCCAUUCUGCUUUUCACUUCAAAGAGCUUGGAGUCCGUAGCACAAAGACAGUGGUAUUUCAGGUGCAGACUAAUUGGUCUAAAAGUGAGGUCUUUACUUGCAGCAGCUAUUUAUAGGAAGCAAAUUAAAUUAUCUAAUGCUGCCAAAUUGAUGCAUUCCAGUGGUGAGAUUAUGAACUAUGUUACUGUGGAUGCUUAUCGUAUUGGAGAGUUUCCUUUUUGGCUGCAUCAAACCUGGACAACAACUGUCCAACUCUGUCUCGUACUUAUAAUUCUCUUUCACACUGUUGGUGUUGCAACUAUUGCAUCCUUGGUAGUGAUUAUACUCACUGUGCUGUGCAAUACUCCCCUUGCAAAAUUACAGCAUAAGUUCCAGACCAAGUUAAUGGUUGCACAAGAUGAUAGGCUAAAAGCUAUUUCUGAGGCUCUUGUUAGUAUGAAGGUUCUAAGAUUAUAUGCAUGGGAAGCCCAUUUCAAAAAUGUUAUCCAGAUUUUGAGGCAAGUAGAAGAAAAGUGGUUAUCAGCUGUUCAGUUACGUAGAUCAUAUAAUAGCUUCCUUUUCUGGUCAUCUCCUGUUUUGGUUUCUGCUGCUACUUUUGUGACUUGUUAUUUCCUUGGUAUUCCACUAAAUGCGAGCAACGUUUUUACCUUUGUUGCAACUUUACGCCUGGUUCAGGAGCCCGUUAGAACAAUUCCGGAUGUUAUUGGUGUGGUAAUUCAAGCAAAGGUCUCCUUUGAGAGGAUUGUCAAGUUCCUUGAGGCAUCUGAGCUGGAAAUGAGACGGGAAUGCAUCAGAAGCACAGAUCAUGCUGUACUCAUCAAAUCAGCUAGUCUCUCAUGGGAAGAGAGUCCAUCGCGACCAACACUCAGAAACAUUAAUUUGGAGGUUAAACCUGGUGAGAAGAUUGCUAUAUGUGGGGAAGUUGGCUCAGGAAAGUCAUCUCUUCUGUCAGCAAUUCUGGGAGAAGUUCCAAGUAUACAAGGAACAGUUCAAGUUUAUGGAACAACUGCCUAUGUCUCUCAAUCAGCAUGGAUUCAGACAGGGACAAUACGAGAGAAUAUUUUGUUCGGUUCUCCAUUGGAUAGCCAGAGAUACCAGCAAACCUUGGAGAAGUGUUCACUGUUAAAAGAUCUCGAGAUACUACCUUAUGGUGAUCUCACGGAAAUAGGAGAAAGAGGAGUCAAUCUUAGUGGUGGACAAAAGCAGAGAAUUCAACUUGCUCGUGCUUUGUAUCAUGAUGCGGAUAUAUAUCUCUUGGAUGAUCCCUUUAGUGCUGUAGAUGCCCAUACCUCGACAAGCCUAUUCAAUGAAUACAUUAUGGGAGCUCUUUCCGGGAAGACUAUCUUACUUGUGACCCAUCAAGUUGAUUUUCUUCCUGCAUUCGAUAUGGUUCUGUUAAUGUCAGAUGGAGAAAUUUUACGCUCAGCUUCAUAUGAUCAGUUAUUGGCCUCGAGCAAAGAAUUUCAAAACUUGGUUAAUGCACACAAAGAGACUGCUGGUUCAGAAAGGGUUUCGGAGGCUUUUUAUUCGCCAAGAAGUGAUACUUGUUCAAGAGAAAUUAAAAAUAAGGAUAGUGGUAAACAACCAAAAACCUCUGGAGGAGAUCAGUUGAUCAAGCAAGAGGAGAGGGAAGUUGGAGACACUGGAUUUAAGUCUUAUGUUCAGUAUUUGAAUCAAAAUAAAGGAUACUUGUUCUUUGCCAUAGCUGUUGUUUCGCAACUUGCGUUUGUGGCCGGUCAGAUAUUACAAAACUCCUGGAUGGCUGCAAAUGUUGAAAAUCCUGAAGUUAGCACUUUGAGACUGAUUUCAGUUUACUUGCUAAUUGGAUUCGUAUCCACACUGUUUUUGCUCUCUAGAUCUCUAUCAACUGUUCUUUUGGGUUUGCAAUCUUCAAAGUCCUUGUUCUCACAGCUACUAAAUUCUCUCUUCCGUGCCCCUAUGUCAUUUUAUGACUCCACACCUUUGGGAAGGAUACUAAGCAGGGUCUCAUCAGAUUUGAGUAUAGUUGAUCUUGACAUCCCAUUCUACUUGAUUUUUGCGGUUGCAUCUACCACAAACUUUUAUUCUAAUCUUACAGUACUAGGUGUUGUUACUUGGCAAGUUUUGUUUGUCUCCAUCCCAAUGGUUUAUGUGGCCAUUCUCUUACAGAGAUACUACUUUGCAUCUGCCAAAGAGUUGAUGCGGAUCAAUGGAACUACCAAAUCAUUUGUGGCCAACCAUCUUGCUGAAUCCAUUGCUGGAGCUGUGACUAUAAGGGCAUUCAAGGAGGAAGAGAGAUUUUUUGUGAAAACAUUUGAACUAAUUGAUAUAAAUGCCAGUCCUUUCUUCCACAAUUUUGCAGCAAAUGAGUGGUUGAUUCAACGGCUGGAAACUAUUAGCGCAACUGUUCUUGCUUCCUCAGCACUUUGCAUGGUUUUACUUCCUCCUGGGACUUUCAGCUCUGGAUUUAUUGGGAUGGCUUUAUCUUAUGGUCUUUCCCUAAACAUAUCCCUUGUUUCUUCCAUUCAAUAUCAGUGCACUUUGGUGAACUAUAUCAUUUCUGUGGAAAGACUUAACCAGUAUAUGCAUAUACCAAGUGAAGCUCCUGAAAUUUUAGAAGAGAGCCGUCCCCCAGUCAAUUGGCCUUCGAGGGGUAAGGUCGAAAUUCAAGAUUUGCAGAUAAGAUAUAGGAGGGAUUCCAGACUUGUUCUUAGAGGGAUCAGCUGUACAUUUGAAGGAGGUCAUAAAGUUGGUAUUGUUGGACGAACUGCCAGUGGAAAGAGUACACUGAUUAGUGCACUAUUUCGACUAGUGGAGCCUGCAGGUGGAAGGAUUGUGGUUGAUGGAGUAGACAUUUGUAAAAUUGGUCUUCAUGAUUUGAGGUCCCGUUUCGGGGUAAUACCUCAGGAUCCUACUCUUUUCAAUGGAACAGUGAGAUGCAAUUUAGAUCCCCUAUGUCAGCAUACUGACCACGAAAUCUGGGAGGUUCUUGGGAAAUGUCAGCUACACGAGGCAGUUAAGGAAAAAGCGAAAGGGCUUGAUUCCUUGGUUGUAGAAGACGGGUCAAACUGGAGCAUGGGGCAGCGACAACUGUUCUGUUUGGGGCGUGCUCUUUUGAGGAAAAGCAAGAUUUUGGUGCUUGAUGAAGCAACAGCAUCAAUUGACAAUGCCACCGACAUGAUAUUGCAAAAAACUAUCAGGGAGGAAUUUGCUAACUGUACUGUUAUUGCAGUUGCCCAUAGAAUACCCACAGUAAUGGAUUGUACAAUGGUUCUGGCCAUUAGUGACGGAAAACUAGUGGAGUAUGAUAAACCUAUGAGGCUGAUGAAGAAUGAAGGUUCGCUCUUUGGGAAGCUUGUUAAGGAGUACUGCUCUCAUUAUCACUCAGCGAAAUCACAUUGAAGUAAAGUGCUGAUCUGUAACACAUUCUGUGGUGCAUCAAACUUCACAAACGUUGCCUAAUUGCAACCCCAAUCAGUCCAUUGAGAGAAUCACUAAACUCAAUGUUGGUCUAUCUAUGGCAUGGAUAUGUGAUCUUUCUCUAAAUGUUAGUGCAUAACUUGUUGUAGGCUGUUGACAUCGGGAAGGUU